AUGGCUGUAGAAGAUACAGACAAGAAUAACCCCACUGGGAUUCAGGUUCUGUUGCUGGACUAUCCCUAUGCCACUGAUGGACUUGAAAUAUGGGUUGCCAUUAAAGAGUGGGUCAAAGAAUUCUGCUCAUUCUUCUACAAAGACGAUGAGGCCAUUGAGGCUGAUAUUGAACUUCAAGCCUGGUGGUCAGAGAUUAGAACACAAGGCCACAGUGACAAACACAAUGACACAUGGUGGUACCAAAUGACAACACUCUCAAACCUUGUGGAGGCAUUGACAACCCUCAUAUGGAUUGCUUCUGCCAAGCAUGCAUCUCUAAACUAUGGCCAAUAUGCAUACAAUGGUUUCCCUCCAAACCGCCCCACACUAUGCAGGAAGUUUGUCCCUCAAGAAGGGACAGUGGAGUUUGGUGAGUUCCUCAAGGACCCAGAUAAGUUCUUCCUCAAGAUGCUACCUGAUAGGUUUGAGAUGAGCCUUGCAGUGGCAUUGGUGGAUGUGCUCUCAAGGCACACUUGUGAUGAAGUCUACUUGGGUUGCCAGCAAUCACCAGGGUGGAUAGACAAUGAGGUGAUUCAGAAUAGGUUUGCUGAGUUCAAACAAGAACUAAAGGAGAUUCAAACAAGGAUCAUGCAAAGGAAUAGGGACCCAAAGCUUAAGAAUAGACGUGGCCCUGCAAACAUUGAGUACACUCUCUUGUACCCUGACACAUCUAGUUCUGCUGCCUCAACAACAGGAAGGGGGAUAACAAGUAGCAUAUCUAUUUGA